AUGGCUCCUACAGCAGCAUCUUCAGACACCAUACAGCCUAGAGAUGUUUGCAUUGUUGGUGUUGCACGAACACCAAUGGGUGGGUUUCUUGGUACUCUUUCAUCUGUACCUGCCACGAAGCUUGGCUCUAUAGCCAUUGAAGCUGCUCUUAAAAGAGCUAAUGUUAAUCCAUCACUUGUGGAAGAAGUAUUCUUUGGGAAUGUCCUUAGUGCAAAUUUGGGGCAAGCUCCCGCCAGACAAGCUGCUCUUGGAGCUGGACUAUCCAAAUCUGUAGUCUGCACUACUGUUAACAAAGUUUGUGCAUCAGGAAUGAAAGCUACAAUGCUUGCUGCACAGAGUAUUCAACUGGGCAUAAAUGAUGUUGUUGUGGCUGGUGGUAUGGAAAACAUGUCUAGUGUACCUAAGUACUUGGCAGAAGCAAGAAAAGGAUCCCGCCUUGGACACGACUCACUAGUUGAUGGGAUGUUGAAGGAUGGUUUGUGGGAUGUCUAUAAGGAUGUUGGUAUGGGAGUGUGCGCUGAGCUCUGUGCGGAUAACCAUUCAAUAACUAGAGAAGACCAGGAUAAUUUUGCAGUUCAGAGUUUUGAACGCGGAAUUGCUGCUCAAGAAAGUGGUUCCUUUGCUUGGGAAAUCACUCCGGUUGAAGUGUCUGGUGGAAGGGGAAGACCAUCAACAAUUGUUGACAAGGAUGAGGGCCUAGGAAAGUUUGAUGCUGCCAAGUUACGCAAACUCCGACCAAGCUUCAAGGAGACUGGAGGCUCUGUUACUGCUGGCAAUGCUUCUAGCAUAAGUGAUGGUGCUGCUGCGUUAGUUUUGGUGAGUGGAGACAAGGCAUUAAAGCUUGGUCUUCAGGUCAUUGCAAAAAUUACUGGAUAUGCUGAUGCUGCUCAGGAACCAGAGUUAUUUACAACAGCUCCAGCCAUUGCCAUCCCCAAAGCUAUCUCCAAAGCAGGGUUGGAGAUUUCACAAAUUGAUUUCUAUGAAAUUAAUGAAGCCUUCGCGGUUGUGGCUCUUGCAAAUCAGAAACUUCUCGAAUUAGACUCGGGAAAAAUAAAUGUACAUGGUGGAGCUGUAUCAUUGGGUCAUCCUCUUGGUUGCAGUGGCGCCCGUAUCCUGGUGACACUUUUGGGGGUACUGAAGCAGAAAAAUGGAAAAUAUGGUGUCGGUGGUGUUUGCAACGGAGGAGGUGGUGCUUCUGCCCUUGUUCUUGAGCUCGUGUAA